AUGGCAAGUCCCGAGGUGGUGGGAAGCAGCUGCGGCUCUCACCAGGAUGACAGUCCCUGCACCAUUCACCAGAGCUCAUCUCCCAGCGAGCUGCUUCUCUUAGAAGACCAGAUGAGGCGCAAACUCAAAUUCUUCUUUAUGAAUCCCUGUGAGAAGUUCUGGGCUCGGGGUAGGAAGCCUUGGAAACUUGCCAUACAAAUUCUGAAAAUUGCAAUGGUGACUGUCCAGCUGGUCCUGUUUGGACUAAGCAACCAGAUGGUAGUAGCGUUCAAGGAAGAGAACACUAUAGCCUUCAAACACCUCUUCCUGAAAGGAUACAUGGAUCGAAUGGACGACACAUACGCAGUGUACACUCAAAGUGACGUGUAUGACCAGGUCCUCUUUGCAGUGAACCAGUACUUACAGCUUCGCAACAUCUCUGUUGGCAACCACGCUUACGAGAACAAGGGGACGAAGCAGUCAGCCAUGGCAAUCUGUCAGCACUUCUACAAGCGAGGGACCAUCUGCCCCGGGAAUGAUACCUUUGACAUUGACCCAGAAAUUGAAACAGAAUGCUUCCUGAUAGAGCCAGAUGAACCCUUUGACAUCGGAACACCUGGAGAAAAUAGGCUCAACCUGACCCUGGACUUCCACAGACUCCUGACGGUGGAGCUUCAGUUUAAGCUGAAAGCCAUUAAUCUGCAGACGGUUCGCCACCAGGAGCUUCCUGACUGCUACGACUUUACUCUGACUAUAACAUUUGACAACAAGGCCCACAGUGGAAGAAUCAAAAUAAGUCUAGAUAAUGACAUUUCUAUCAGAGAAUGCAAAGACUGGCACGUAUCCGGAUCAAUUCAGAAGAACACCCACUAUAUGAUGAUCUUCGAUGCCUUUGUCAUUCUGACCUGCUUGUCCUCGCUGGUCCUCUGCGCAAGGUCUGUGAUUAGGGGUCUUCAGCUUCAGCAGGAAUUUGUCAGUUUCUUUCUUCUCCACUAUAAGAAGGAAGUUUCUGCCUCUGAUCAAAUGGAGUUCAUCAACGGUUGGUACAUUAUGAUUAUUGUUAGUGACAUACUGACCAUCGUUGGAUCCAUUCUGAAAAUGGAAAUCCAAGCCAAGAGUCUCACAAGUUAUGAUGUCUGUAGCAUCUUUCUUGGGACUUCGACCAUGCUUGUGUGGCUUGGCGUCAUCCGAUACCUGGGUUUCUUUGCAAAGUACAAUCUCCUUAUUCUGACCCUCCAGGCAGCACUGCCCAAUGUCAUCAGGUUCUGUUGCUGUGCUGCUAUGAUCUACCUAGGCUAUUGCUUUUGUGGAUGGAUCGUGCUGGGCCCUUACCAUGACAAGUUCCGCUCUCUGAACAGGGUCUCCGAGUGCCUUUUCUCUCUGAUAAAUGGAGAUGAUAUGUUUUCCACCUUUGCAAAAAUGCAGCAGAAAAGCUACCUGGUGUGGCUGUUCAGCCGAAUCUACCUCUACUCCUUCAUCAGCCUCUUCAUAUACAUGAUUCUGAGCCUCUUCAUUGCGCUCAUCACAGACACGUAUGAAACGAUUAAGCACUACCAGCAAAAUGGCUUCCCAGAGACAGAGCUUCGCAAGUUCAUAGCGGACUGCAAAGACCUCCCCAGUUCUGGAAAAUACAGAUUAGAAGGCGACCCUCCAGCAUCGUUAUUCUGCUGCUGCAAUAAGUAA